AUGGCCACGGUUGAGGAACACAACGCACCCGACUCUCGCCCCACUGACUCCUCUAACAGCGCCGAUGUUGACAACGACGCCGAUAGCGCGACUUCAGACGAUGUCGGCGGUGCAACGCUGGAGCGCAAGCUCACUAACACAGAGCACACGGCUGUGCCGAAGCCUGGCGACGUGAGAAUUAACGUCAAAGGAGCCUUCAUCGUGGAAGAUGACGAUGAGCCAGGAACACCGGAAGACGACUUUGACACUGAAGGGUAUCAGCUGGAGCGAAGGGGCAUACGACUACCGAAUCAUAAAGCUGUGGUCAGCCAUAUCGCAGUUGAUAUUGGCGGCUCUCUCGCAAAGUUGGUUUACUUCUCCUUCGAACCAGGAGACGAACAAGGUGGACGUCUUAACUUCCUCAAGUUUGAGACGGACAAGAUAGACACAUGUAUUGCUUUUAUGAAGAGACUAAAGAAGGAGCACAUGCAGCGGAAUGGCCUGGGUAGCGAUCAUGAGCUGUGCGUUAUGGCAACAGGUGGUGGUGCAUACAAGUACUAUGAGAGAAUAAAGGAGGCUUUGGGUGUGGAAGUGAUGCGGGAAGAUGAGAUGGAGUGUUUGAUCAUUGGACUUGACUUCUUCAUAUCCGAAAUUCCACGCGAGGUUUUCAGUUACAGCGAUUCUAACCCGAUGGCUUUUGUGCCACCAUCAUCCCGUACAUAUCCAUAUCUCCUUGUCAAUAUUGGCUCUGGUGUAUCCAUGAUCAAAGUUAGUGGGCCUAGAGAAUUUCAGCGUGUAGGCGGUACUUCUCUUGGGGGAGGAACACUCUGGGGCUUGCUGUCGCUCCUUACAGGGGCUCGCAACUUUGACGAGAUGCUGGCUAUGGCAGAGUGCGGCGACAACACGAACGUGGACAUGCUAGUUGGCGAUAUCUAUGGGACUGGAUACGGGAAGAUCGGCUUGAAGAGCACGACUAUUGCCAGUACAUUUGGAAAGGUGUAUCGCACAAAACGAAGGGCAGAACGAGAAUCUGAAGACUAUGGUGGUCUCGCAAAUGGCGAUCAUAUUGACUCUGCGAGAGAGUAUAUGUCUUCCACCUCACCGCGCACUACCAGCAGAACUGAAUGCGGGCCUCAGAUGACCAAUUCUAAUGACGACUACCCAGGUACAUCAGCUUCCAACUACUUCCCAAAAUCCGAUGCCGAUCCCCACAACUCCAAUCGCCAGCCUUUUCGGCCGCAAGACAUAUCACGUUCCUUAUUAUAUGCCAUAUCCAACAACAUUGGGCAGCUGGCUUUUCUUCAUGCUGAGAAGCAUAACUGCGCUCAGAUCUACUUUGGGGGAAGUUUCAUCGGUGGGCACUGGCAGACGAUGGCAACGCUGGCAUAUGCCAUCAAGUUUUGGAGCAAAGGCACGAAACAUGCGCUAUUCCUAAGGCACGAGGGGUAUCUGGGUGCCGUGGGUGCUUUUCUGAAGAGACAACCAGAAGGAUGGGGGAGAAGAGGAAGUAUGGAUGGACUUGGACUUAUGGGAGGUGUGCUUGAGAAGCUACGAGUUAAAACAGACGGGGGAGAAGCGCAAUGA